AGGACGCAUCAUGCCGCUGGAUUCAAGUUUAGCGAGUAAAAACUAUGACCUGGACUACGACUCCCUGCAGCCGUAUUUCCACUCUGACAACGAGGAUGACGCGGUGAACCAGAGCAUCGUCUGCGGCGCUGACUCCAUCAUCAUCCAGGACUGCAUGUGGAGCGGCUUCUCCGCCGCGGCCAAGCUGGAGAAGGUGGUGUCCGAGCGGCUCGCCUCCCUGCACGCCGCGCGCAAGGACCUGGGGCCGGACACGGCGCCCAACAGCAGCAGCUGUAGUGAAUCAGAGGAUGAGAAUGGAGACGAGGAUCAUGAUGAGGAGGAAGAGGCGGACCAGGAGGAAGAGGAGGGGAUUGACGUGGUCCCAGUGGAGAAGAGGCAGGCGGUGAAACGGUGCUACCCAAGUCCGCUGGAGACAAGGCCCCCCAGCCCGCUCGUGCUGAAGAGGUUUGACGUCUCCACCCACAAGCAUGAUUACACUGCCCAUCCAUCCAUGAGGCAGGAGCAGCCGGCUGUCAGGAGGCUGAAGCUGGAGAGCAGCAGCAGCAGCAGCAGCGGUGGAGGAGGAGGUGGAGGCAGCGGCGGCCACAGCAGGGUCCUCAAACAGACCAGCAGCAUCCGCAAGUGUCUGAGCCCCCGGACGUCAGACACCGAGGACAAUGACAAGAGAAGGAUUGGAGGAGCCUUUCGGGAGCGCCAGAGGAGGCUGAAGCUCAAGUUGAGCCUUGUCGCGCUGCGGGACGAGAUCCCCGAGGUGGCCAACAACAAGAAGGCGGCGAAGUCGGUGAUCCUGAAGAAGGCGACAGAGUGUAUCUACAGCAUGCAGUCAGAUGAGCAGAGACUCCUCACACACAAAGAGCAGCUGCGGAGGAGAAGUGAACUUUUAAAGCAGAGACUGGCACAGAUGCAGGGCUGCCGUGCUUGAAGUCUGAAUCAAGACUUUUUGGCCUUUUGUCUUUUAUGCAAGUUCCAGACUUGGGGGUUGUACAGUUCUUGUUGCAUGGAAAUUAAAAAACGGAUCAAGUUGUUUUGAAAUCUCGUUUGAUUUCGAAGUUAAAACUGCCUCAAUAGAUAUUAUAGGUGGAUUCAAUGUUUAAAAGUUUAUUUUUAUUAAUAAAAUAUUAAAAAUAGGGCCGUCUCGUUGGGGGUCCAAACUAAAAUAUACAUUUUUAUAUAUAAUUUAUAUUUCCUAAGAAAAUUUAUUUUUGGAUCUCAAUUGUCUGGAUGUUCAGACCCAGUGUUUGCUUUUAUC